AUGAGUACCGACGAAGUUAACAAGCUGACUCCCGAUGAGUUCUUCCAGACCAUCGGCGACAAGGUCAAGAACUUUGCGCCUGCUGCUGAAGGUGUCGAAGAUGCCGACGAUGAGCGCGCCGUUGAGGAGAUUGAGUCUCUAUGCAUGAACUGCGGCAAGAAUGGUAUGACCAGACUUCUUCUCACCAUGAUCCCCUACUUCCGCGAGGUCGUUAUCAUGUCCUUCUCCUGCGAACACUGCAACCUCCAGAACAACGAAAUCCAGGCGGCCGGUAGCUUCCAACCCAAAGGAACCCACUACGAAUUGCGCUUGACAAACCUGGCCGACUUCUCGCGACAGGUUGUCAAGUCUGAUACUUCCACCGUCAAGUUCAUCGAGCUGGAUCUCGAGAUUCCUGCCGGUCGUGGCCAGCUCACAAACGUUGAGGGCCUUUUGACUACUGUCAUUGAUGAUCUCGAGAUGGGACAAGAGGCGCGAAAGGAGCAGGUUCCUGAGCUUUACCCCAAGAUUGCCGAAAUCAUCGCCAAGGGUCGCGCCAUGUUGAACGGCGAGUCUUUCCCCUUCCGUGUCUGGCUCGAUGACCCUGCUGGCAACUCCUUCAUCGCACCCGAUCUUAAGGAUGGUGUUGGUAAGUGGGAGAAGCACGAGUAUGCCCGAACUCCUGAGCAGAACGCCGCUCUCGGUAUCUCUGAUUCCGAUGCCAACGCCCGGGAAGCGCUGAACCCUGGCUUGACUGCCGAUGGCGAUGUCAUCCCCAAUGAGGUUUAUAGCUUCCCCGCAACAUGCCCUGGCUGCAUGCGCCCCUGUACCACUCAUAUGAAGAUGGUUGAUAUUCCCCACUUCAAGCAAGUCGUCCUCAUGUCUACCGUUUGCGACGAUUGUGGCUACCGCUCCAACGAUGUCAAGACUGGUGGUGAGAUCCCUGAGAAGGGCGAGAAGAUCGUCCUUGAUGUUAAGUCCAGCACCGAUUUGGGCCGUGAUAUCCUCAAGAGCGAGACCUGUGGUCUUGAGUGCCCGGAGCUGAAGCUCCAGGUCAACCCUGGCACACUUGGUGGUCGCUUCACCACUGUUGAGGGUCUAUUGACUCAGGUCCGUGGUGACCUUCACUCCCAGAUCUUCGAGGGCGUUGGCCAGGGUGGUGACUCCCUCGCUAGCAACGAGAAGUCCGAAUGGACUGCCUUCUUCGAUGGUCUUGAUGCCGCCAUCAGGGGCGAGAAGACUUUCACCAUCAUCCUUACCGACCCCUUCGCGAGCAGCUAUGUCCAGCCUCUCGUUGACCCCCCUGCCCCUGACCCCGCAAUUCACCGUGAGAGCUAUACUCGUACAGACGAGGAGGAGGAAGAGCUCGGUCUCAAGGAUAUGAAGCUCGAGAACUAUGGCGAAAACGAUGAGGAGGAGAAGAAGGAUGGUGAGGAGGAGAAGACAGAGGACGCUGCCGAGAGGUAG